UGUAGCGUCUGUAACACUGACAUUGAAUUGUACGAUAUCUAGUAUAACAAAACAUGAGAAAUUAUGAACAUUUUGAAAUGUAUAUCAUACCAUUUAUUUGUCAUAUAAUACAGGGAAUUCACCGCAGGGGUUAGUCAGGCUUGUCACUAUAUCGGAGUUCCAAGGUCACACCAUUAAUGUUUAUAAAUUAUCUCUUUGAUCUUGUAAACAAUGGAGAUGGCUGACAAAGCGUCGUCACAGGAAAGUGAAAUAGAAGAACGUGUUAACGAUAUAGCCUCAGACACACCGAACAAACGUUAGAUGAUAUCGAUCACAUUGCAAUAAUCAUGGGCAUCAUUUUUGAGACAAAAUCAGGAAAGUGCCAAAAUUAACCGAACAUAGAAGGAAGAAUAUAAAAAAAAGUUACUCAAGAAAAUAAUAGAAAAGGAUCAAGAAUGUGAAGUGGGAUUUUAUUAUCAUAAAUUGAACCCAUAGGUUCGAAACCUAUCAACUCCAAAACAUAGAAGAAUGACGCUUAAGGGAACUAAAAUGAUCCUACUCAUGUUGGGAGUAGCCUGUGUCGCGGUGCUGAUUUUAAGUUAUAAAUAUAUAUCUACCGAAGACUUACAAGGAAACAGUCUUUCUGUUCAAACUAAAAAUCUUCCCCAACUGAUGAUGGAUAGACAGGGAUCUCUGGAAAAGUUCAAAGAAAGACAAACACAUCUACUUGAAAACUGCCAUCCUAGCACCAAUUUGGAGAAGAAUCCAAAAUUUGAAUAUGUUAAAAAAAGAUUUCUUCUAUAUGAUUCUAAAUCAAACUUUGUCUUCUGUAUGGUACAAAAGAUAGGCUGCACUUUCUGGCGAAGACUAUUUCAUUCAUUAAAAUACAAGGCCAUUUCAGAUGUGUAUACCAUCAAUCCUAAAAAAGUUCACACGGAAAAUCUUCCUACCUUAGGGCACCUAAAUAUCACCGAGGCUUCGCGAGUUUUAAGAUCAGCGAAUACAGCAAUGUUUGUCCGAGAUCCCUACGAACGUAUCUUUUCUGCAUACUUAGAUAAGUUGUACGUUAUAAAUCUUUAUUAUAUGGAACACCUCGGGCGACAUAUAGUAAAAUCAAGAAAAAAACCCACAGCUGUAAGCUUAAGGUGUGGUCAUGAUGUGUCCUUCUCAGAACUGAUACGAUAUUUAGUGGAACAGAAAAGAAAGAGACAAUAUGUCGACGAACACUUCUCACCUAUACACACCCAUUGUUUACCAUGUCAGAUAAAAUAUAACUUCACAGGGAAAAUGGAGUCUUUCGAUGAAGAUGUAUCGGAAAUCAUGACAAAAACCGGCAUUUUUCAAAAUGUAUCAGGUCUAAUGUCGAGAAAGUCGUCUAUUGCCAAAGAAAUAAACUCCAGCAUAUACACCAACAUAUUAGAUGCAUUCAACAAUCGAAAUAAUAUGUUACCAUGUAUGACUAUGAACGAGAUGUACGGUCGUGUGUGGACGACACUUCAACUUCGUGGCUUUUUGAACCCAGAUUUACCAAUGCCUGACUCCCCACAUCUUACCGUGGAUAUGGUUUACCGCGAGGCGAUCAAGAACAGUGACCCAUCACGCGUGUCCGAGUACAAACACAGAGGAUUAGUCAAGAUGUAUAAAACUGUGGAUCGACAACUAUUGCUACAGUUUAGGGAGUACGUCCUACUAGAUUGUCAGCUGUUCGGAUAUAAUGACAGACCUCCAUAUGUAUUUUCCGACGACUAAUGGUUAUAUAUAUAUAUAUAUUUAUAUAUAUAUAUAGUUUUUAUUUCUCUCGGUACAGCUAC